UAUUACCGAUCUGUGUGCAAUGUCAGUUAUCAAUGACGUGUAUUAUGGCAGUGUAGUGUUCGAUGUUUUUCACGUAGCAUCUGACUUAUACUUAUACUUGCAUUAGGCAAAUAGUUAGUAAUCAACGAACAGUAGCGAUACAAUGGCGAAAAUAAUUUUCCCAUGGCUAUUGUUUUUGACGUGUACAGUUUAUCGUGUAUCGGCUUUCUACUUGCCGGGCUUGGCUCCUGUGAAUUACUGCAAGAAAGAAGAAGUCUCGGAAUCAUGCAAAGCUGAAAUUAAACUGUAUGUAAAUCGUUUGAACACCGAGAAGUAUGUAAUACCGUACGAAUACCAUCACUUUGAUUUCUGCACUUCCGACGAGAGCGAAAGUCCUGUCGAAAAUUUGGGACAGGUUGUGUUCGGAGAACGUAUAAGGCCAUCUCCGUACGAGUUGAGGUUUCUGGAAGACAAAACAUGUGUGGUUGCUUGUAAAAAAACAUACAAAGGAGGAGACAAAGAGUCUGAAAAGAAAUUGGACUUUUUAAAAAAAGGAAUGGCACUCAGCUACCAGCAUCAUUGGAUAGUUGAUAAUAUGCCAGUCACGUGGUGUUAUCUAUUAGAGGAUGGACGACAAUAUUGCAGCACUGGAUUUCCUAUGGGUUGUUUUUUUCGAGAAACAAGAUCUCAACAGGAUACUUGUAGCAUUAAUGGCGCAAUUAAAAAAGCAAAAACUUAUUACCUAUUUAAUCAUGUAGACCUUACAAUUACGUAUCAUAGUGGUGCUAAAGAAGAGUGGGGAUCUGCAUUUAAAGAAAAUGGUGGACGUAUAAUAUCUGUUAAAGUGGUUCCUCGAAGUAUAAAACAUGAUGUUGUUGCUAAUUGUGAUAAUAAAGCAUUGUUAGAUAUACCACACGAUCCACUUCCCGUUGACAAAGAAUUAGAGGUCAUUUAUACAUAUUCCGUAAAAUUUCUGGAGGAUAAUACGAUCAAAUGGUCGUCUAGAUGGGAUUAUAUUUUAGAAUCUAUGCCACACACAAAUAUCCAGUGGUUUAGUAUUCUUAAUUCGUUAAUAAUUAUUUUGUUCCUUUCUGGUAUGGUGGCCAUGAUAAUGCUUCGAACAUUGCACAAAGAUAUUGCACGAUACAAUCAGAUAGAAUCAGGAGAAGACGCACAGGAAGAGUUUGGCUGGAAACUGGUCCAUGGUGAUGUGUUUCGACCCCCGCGAAAGGGGAUGCUGCUCUCUGUUUUACUUGGCUCUGGUGUCCAAGUAUUUUGUAUGACGCUCGUCACGCUUGCAUUCGCUUGCUUGGGAUUUUUAUCUCCCGCGAACAGAGGAGCUUUGAUGACGUGUGCCAUGGUUUUGUACGUUUGUCUUGGGACCAUCGCUGGCUACGUAUCUGCUAGAAUAUACAAGAGUUUCGGAGGUGAAAAAUGGAAGUCAAACGUACUGCUCACGUCUAUGCUGAGCCCUGGAAUCGUGUUCAGUUUAUUCUUCAUAAUGAAUUUGGUAUUCUGGGCAAAUGGAAGUUCAGCUGCUGUACCAUUUAGCACUCUAAUCGCACUUCUAGCACUCUGGUUCGGAGUAUCUCUUCCACUAACAUUCAUUGGUGCUUACUUCGGCUUCAGAAAAAGGCCUCUGGAGCAUCCUGUGAGAACCAAUCAAAUUCCUAGGCAAAUACCGGAACAGAAUUUUUAUACGCAACCAAUACCAGGUGUAAUAAUGGGUGGAGUUUUACCUUUUGGAUGCAUAUUUAUACAAUUAUUCUUUAUACUUAAUUCACUGUGGUCAAGUCAAGUAUAUUAUAUGUUUGGGUUCCUUUUCUUGGUGUUUCUCAUCCUCGUUAUCACAUGCUCGGAAACGACAAUUUUACUUUGCUAUUUUCACCUUUGCGCGGAGGAUUAUCAUUGGUGGUGGCGUAGUUUCCGAACAUCCGGUUUUACCGCUUUUUAUUUAUUACUAUACUGUAUACACUUUUUCAUGACUAAAUUGGACAUAGAAGAUGCUACGUCCACGUUCCUCUAUUUCGGCUACACUUGCAUUAUGGUUUACUUAUUCUUUCUCCUAACAGGUUCGAUUGGUUUCUUUGCCUGCUUUUGGUUCGUACGGAAGAUCUACAGUGUCGUAAAAGUCGACUAAUGUAUCAGCCAGUGAUACUGAAAUAAAAUGAACGUGGUAUGAGUAAAUAAUAACAAAAAUGAAUGAUAUUGAACCUUAAUUUUGUGAAAAAUGUUAAUACACGAGUAUCGGGCCCUUUUUAUGCACGAGCGUAGUAUUUCAAAAAGAUAUACAAUUUCCACUUCGUGGCCACGAAAUAAUUUAAUUUAUAAUUUUUAUAUUUAUUAUCAUUUUUAGUUUGAUUACAGAAUGAUUAAUAAAGUGUCGAAUUUCUACUUCGUGGCCACGAAACAUUGAUCUAUAUUUUUAUGCGAUUAAAGUUUCGACUACUGUUUAGUGAACGUAAAUUACUAUAAAUUAUAAAACAACAAUUAGUUGACUAAUGCUUAACGAUGACUUACAUUGCAAUAAAUUAUAAAAAAAAAAAAAGAAGUUUCGCUGCAGCAAGAGUUUAAGAAAGAAUCGACUAGUAUUUGUACAAAAUCUUGCAUUUAUUGCGGAAGAUUUAGUGUUGUAAAAGUCGAUCAACGUAUCAGUCGGUGAUACUAAAGUAAAAUGAAUGUGGUAUGAGUAAAUAAUAACAAAGAUGAAUGAUGUGAACUUUAAUUUUGUGAAAAAUGUUAAUACACGAGCAUCGGGCCCUUUUUAUGCACGAGUGUAUCAUUGCAAAAAGAUUUAAAGCUUCUACUUUGUGGCCACAAAAUAUUAAUCUAUAUUUUUAUGCAAUUAAACUAUAAAUUAUUAAAAAAAAAAAAGAUCUCGCUACAGCAAAAAUUUAAUAAAGAAUCGGACUAGUAUUUGUACAAAGUGUUGCCUUUAUCGCGCAAGAUAUCAAAAUGCUUGUUUGCCGACGCGUCUGAAUAAUUUUUUCCGCUUCGAAAUGCGUGCAUAAAAGGGGCCACGGAUCAGGCCAUUAAUCAUUUGCUUUGUUACCUGAAAAUACAGAGAAAGUUUGUAAUUGGUUGACUUGCGAAUUAAUCAAUACAGUCACUGUUAUAUAUUCCUUAGUAUUCAUCCUUUUCGAUAAUGUGGUAGACGUAUCAAAGCUACAAGGGUUACAUGUAUACAUGUUACAAAUAAAUUGUGUAAUCCAGGCGUGAUGUCUAAUUAUUAGAGAUACUGUUUAUCAUAAUAAACGCAUAAUUACAAGUAUAAAUUUACAAUGUAAAUAAGAAAACAUCUCUGUCUUAUAUAUUUAAUAUCGCCAAAUAUUUUACGAACAUUCUGGAUUAUAAAUUUUAAUUGUAACAUAUACACAGACGUUUCACCGUACUAGUAAGAUCGAAUCCUUUAUGGUCUUACGUUCUAGCAUUAUAUUUUAAUCCGAAUCCAUCGCCAACAUUUUGCCAACCGCCAAAGUUACGAUUACCCAUACGCGAUAACGUAAUUUAAACUUUUAUAAUACUUCGAUAAUAAAAUUCAUACAUUUGCAUAAUACUUUCUUUAGUUACAAAUAUAUUAACAUUUCGUUGACUUUGGUCACACAAAAAAAUGUUAAAUAAUUUUAUCAAUUUUGUUACAAAUUAUUUUCUUCGAUGAAGUAACUUCUAAUAAAUUUGUUCUAAAUACGAAAGAUCCUACAAACUGUUAUACUCGAUCAAGAUCGCGAAAGAGACUCGAGUGUGUACAUCUUCCGAAAAUGAACUCUUAUCUAGUCCCUGAUAACAAUUGUUUUUGAUUUUAGAUUUGUAUAUGGCUAGUAUAAAUACACAUCUUAUAAUGUAUAUUUGUAUUUAUUUGCGCGCCAUAAAACUGGCAGAUCUAUCCAAGCGGUUGGCAUUUUGUUGAGUGUUUGAAUAGUCACUUAUAAAGAAUACAAAUUAUUUCACGAUAUAAGUAUUUACAACCCUUUAAAGGCGAUUAUUGCGAAUGGUUAACGAAAUGUUAAUUUUAUCGAAUAUUAUCGAUAUACAUAUUGCGAUGGUUGUUUCGGUCGAACUGUUCUUUAUAGACUUCAAAGAGAGUAUUCGUUUCUGUACGCUUGGGGAAAAAAAAGAAAAAGAAUGUCAGACGGUGUACAAUUACCAUGGUACCAAGUUUCUAUUCAAAAUAUGGACAAUUUUCACAAAUAACGGUCGGACAAGUUUGGCUCGAUCGCAGGACGAAUAUACACGAAAUGUGAAAAAAAAAAAACACUGGUAAUGAAUUUGGACGCUGAACUGGAAUUUUUCUUCUUUUUUUUUUUUUUAUUUUUCUAUCGAUAGUAUUUUGUGACUGAAAUAUUUUUAAUCAAUGGCUGACAUGCACACAUCCUGUAAUUCGUGAAUUUUGUAAGUUAAAGCAAUUACAACGUUAGCGUUAAUAAUGUUAAUAUAAAUAAAAAUCGAAUAAGUU